AUGGAUUAUUCGGUAAUAGACCCGGGUUCCCUAGCCAGCCUCGAGCCGAAUCGCCACGGACCAAGACAAAACCCCCGCUGCCCGACCGACUCGAUCACGUCGGCGCGCAUCAUCUUCGAGACUCGAAAGCAGUGCUCGCUCCGGCUCCGGCUCCGACCCUGGCCCUCCGAGCCCGACGAUAAUCUCUACCCUCUCGACCUCCCCACCAACCGCCAAGCUGGCUUCGACUCGCUCUCCGCUGCUUCUUCCUCUACCUGUGCCCCAUCCGUGUCUGACACCACCGCCCGAUCACGACCACCUGUGCCAUAUUGCGUUGCCGCCCUUGACCUUCUCCCCUGGGGUCAAGAUGGAAGAAGCUUCAGGCGGCCUGCCUCCUCCAGCAACCCUCGAGCCGAUAUCGCGUCCCAGUUCCACGUCGACCUCGGCCUCUCACACCCAUCAACAGCUACCGGGUAUCUCGUCGAUUGCGGCGGCCGCAGCUGCGGCCGCAGCCGCAACUUCUACGUCGAGCCCACCGCAGAUGAGAGCAGUGACGAGUACGCCAUCCGCCAUGUAUUCAACACCCGCGACGGCACCAGCUGCGACGAGCGCUGGCACCGGAGGCAACUUGCCCUCCAAACCAUGAUGGCCUCCAUGGCGGCUAACAAUGACCAACAAACAUCGCAGCCUACCUGCCAAAAUUGUCAGACCUCCACCACCCCUCUGUGGCGUCGCGAUGAGUCUGGCGCCGUCCUCUGCAACGCCUGCGGCUUGUUUCUCAAGCUGCAUGGCCGCCCCAGACCCAUCUCCCUCAAGACAGACGUUAUCAAGAGUCGCAACCGUGUCAAGACUAUGCGUCCUGGCAUGGACAUGAAGAAGAAGAACCAACCCGUCGCCUCUGAUGCCAACGUCGCUGAUAUCCAGGCCCAGAAUGCUGCUGCCGCUGCCCUCGGCGUUCGACGAACCUCUCAGAAGGCUGGCAAUGGCCACAUCGACGACACCAACUCCCCAAUCUCGAGGACCGCGACUCCCAACAUGUACGCCGGACACAUGCUGUACCAUGGCCUCGAUGAGCACCACCUGCAGCAGCCGUUGUCUGGAUUUGGUGUCCCGGGAGGAAAUGGUCGCGUACCCUCGCCUAUGAACGGCGAAGGCGUGCCGCAGACGCCCGAGGAACUUCUCGCCCUUAACUCGGGGCUGAAGACCCGCAUCGACGAGCUGGAGGUGAUCAACGACUUGAUUCAGCGUCGCCUGCAGCACUACGAGACCUACGGAACCGGCGCUGGUCCCACUGCUGGUAAUGGACUCGACGGGGGACACGACGCCACGCAGGCUGAGGCUCAGCUGCGUGCUCAGGUUGAAGCGCUAGCAGCAUCGGAAGCCCAACUUCGCUCUCAACUUGACGAGAGUCAUCGACGAGAGAACAGCAUGAAGCGGCGACUGGAUGAGAUGGAGCUAGAGCUGAACGAGGCAAAGGAGCAACUCCAGUCUCAUGAGAAUGGCCGUGCAAAGAAGAUGCGCAUGACAGAGACGACUGAUGCCGAGGAGGUGCUGAAGGCGGAGCUUCUGUCAGAGAAGCCCGCGGACGCUUCGGCCGAGAUCUCGACAGAGCUUACUGCAGAUGCUGCGCCAGAGGCUGUGCCAGAAGUUGCUACGGAGGUUGCGCCAGAGGUUGCGACUGAGGUUGCGACUGAGGCGCCUCCAGAGGCACCGAUGGAAGCUCCAAUGGAGGCACCUGUGGAGGCCACUUCGGAGGUGCCUACAUCCACCACGGCGGACCCGGCGGAGGCUUUGCAGGCCGCAUCAUAA